AUGGCUCCCGCAGGCGGUGGCAAUAUCAAGGUCGUGGUCCGAGUUCGUCCCUUCAACAGCAGAGAAAUCGACCGCGGCUCAAAAUGUAUCGUCGAAAUGAAAGACAACCAAACCGUCAUCUCUACCCCAGACGGUCAUGGCGGUAAAAGCGCAAAGGCUGAAGCCCCCAAGAGCUUUGCAUUUGACAGAUCAUACUGGUCCUUUGACAAGAACGACUCAAACUACGCCGCCCAGUCCAACCUCUUUGACGACCUCGGCAAGCCCUUGCUCGACAAUGCCUUUCAGGGCUACAACAACUGCAUCUUUGCCUAUGGCCAGACCGGUUCCGGAAAGUCUUAUUCCAUGAUGGGUUAUGGCAAAGAAAUCGGCAUCAUUCCCAACAUUUGCCAGGACAUGUUUAGCCGUAUAAACCAGAUUCAGGCCGACGCCACGACAAAGUGCACAGUCGAAGUCUCCUAUCUCGAAAUCUACAACGAGCGCGUACGCGACUUGCUCAACCCCUCGACAAAGGGAAAUCUCAAAGUCCGAGAGCAUCCUUCCACCGGCCCCUACGUCGAGGAUCUUGCCAAGCUGGUAGUCGGCAGCUUCCAAGAAAUCGAAAACCUCAUGGAUGAAGGAAACAAGGCCCGUACAGUCGCCGCCACCAACAUGAACGAAACCUCGAGUCGAUCCCACGCCGUCUUCACCCUCAUGCUCACCCAAAAAAAGUACGAUGCCGAGACCAAAAUGGAAAUGGAAAAGGUGGCCAAAAUCUCCCUAGUCGACUUGGCUGGUUCAGAAAGAGCUACGUCCACUGGGGCUACAGGUGCGCGACUAAAGGAAGGUGCCGAGAUCAACCGAUCUCUAUCUACCCUCGGCCGUGUUAUUGCUGCGCUGGCCGACCUGUCCACCGGCGCCAAGAAGAAAAAGGGCGGCUCCCAAGUACCGUAUCGCGAUUCUGUCUUGACAUGGCUUCUCAAAGAUUCGCUCGGUGGAAACAGCAUGACUGCAAUGAUUGCAGCCAUCAGUCCAGCCGAUAUCAAUUACGAUGAAACGCUCAGCACCCUGCGAUACGCCGACUCUGCCAAGCGCAUCAAGAACCACGCCGUCAUCAAUGAAGAUGCCAACGCGCGCAUGAUCAGAGAGCUCAAGGAAGAACUUGCGCUACUACGGAGCAAGCUUGGCGGAGGAACGGUCGGAGCUGGGGGUGCUCCAAUACCUGCAGACGAAAUCUAUGAUGAGAAUACACCGCUCGAGAAGCAAAUGGUCAGCAUCACCGGCGCGGAUGGCUUGCCCAAGAAAGUCUCAAAAGCAGAAAUUGCUGAGCAGCUUAGCCAAAGCGAAAAGCUUCUUACAGACCUUAACCAAACAUGGGAGCAGAAGCUGCAAAAGACUGAAGAGAUUCACAAGGAACGAGAAGCGGCACUCGAAGAGCUUGGCAUCAGCAUCGAAAAGGGCUUCAUUGGGCUGCAUACCCCAAAGAAGAUGCCCCAUUUGGUCAACUUAUCAGACGAUCCAUUACUGGCAGAAUGCUUAGUCUACAACCUCAAACCGGGUACAACGACUGUUGGAAAUGUAGAUACCAACGCCGAUCAUCAGGCCAACAUUCGACUAAACGGAACUCGAAUCCUACACGAUCAUUGUACUUUUGAAAAUGCCGCCGCCGACGGCACAGUCACCGUCAUUCCUAGCGAAGGCGCCUCUGUCAUGGUUAAUGGCAAGCGCAUUACCGAAGCCACUCAACUACAUUCUGGCUACAGAGUCAUCCUUGGAGACUUUCACAUUUUCCGAUUCAACCACCCCAUGGAAGCCAGAGCGGAAAGAGCAGAAGUCGGCAACAGUCUCCUGCGCCAAUCCGUCACAGCCAGCCAUAUCCAGGCUUGGGAGAGGUCAACAUCAAGUCCCACACCUGGCUCACGCCCCGGCCAUGAGCGGGCGUACAGCAAAGCAUCUGAUUUCGGUGACCUUUCAAGACCGGAAUCUCCGUCUCUUCGCAAUAAUCGAGAUACUGACUGGUCUGCGGCGCGUCGAGAAGCUGCAGGCGCCAUCCUCGGAUCUGACCAGACAAACUUUACUAGCCUCACAGACGAGGAGCUCAAUGCUUUGUUCGAAGAAGUGCAACGAGCACGAGCUGAGCGCGUCAACGUUCGCGAGGAUGGCGAGGAUACGGAAUCUGUGACUUCCUAUCAACUGCGCGAAAAAUACAUGUCCAAUGGAACCAUUGACAACUUUUCUCUCGACACGGCUCUGACCAUGCCUUCAACUCCAAAGCAGGGUGAGGCUGAGGACAGGUUAAGAGAGGUUCGCGAGGAGCUACAAAGCCAGCUUGAAAAACAAAAGGAAGAAUUUCAAGACCAGCUCAAGAGUGCAGAGGCCGCCAACGUCGAAGUCGAGGAAAUUAAAAGAGAAAAAGUCAAGAUGGAGGCUGCUCUGCAGGAACUCAAAGAAGACAUGCAAAAGCAGCUCAAGAUUCAGAAAAAGCAGUUUGAGGAGAAGAUGGAAAAGAUGGACCCGUUGAAGCGACCCAAGGCCAGCCCCAAGCUCUCGGAGGGAGAGCUGGAGCGAGCAAAGAAGGUCAUUGGUAUUUGGCGAGACCGACACUAUGUCAAGAUGGCAGAGACGGUGCUACAAAAUGCCGCGGUGCUGAAGGAGGCGCAAAUCAUGAGCAAUGAGCUUGAUGAGAGUGUUGUUUUCCAGUUUGCUGUCGUGGACGUCGGCCACGUCAUGUGCUCCUCGUACGAUAUGGUUCUCAACGGACUUACCAGUGAAGGAGAGGAUGUGGCCCUUGAGGAGACUCCAAAGCCGUGCAUCGGCAUCAGAGUCAUUGACUACCGCAAUAACGUUGUCCGGCUGUGGAGCUUGGAGAAGCUGCACGACCGCGUACGCCAAAUGCGCCAGAUGCACCAAUAUCUCGACCAGCCCGAAUAUGCUCAGCACCUCAGUCUGGAUAACCCGUUCAUCGAGCACUGUAUGCCUUCCUACACGUUGAUAGGCGAAGUCGACGUGCCUCUAAAAGCCGUCUUCGAGAGCCGUGUACAGGACUUUUCCUUGGACGUGCUAUCGCCAUACACGUCUCACGCCAUUGGCAUUGUGAAGCUGUCACUUGAGCCAUCUCAUGCUCGAGCCCCCACAAACACGCUCAAGUUCAAUGUGGUCAUGCACGAGUUUAUUGGCUUUGCCGAGCGCGAAGGCACCGAGGUUCACGCCCAACUCUUUAUCCCCGGUGUCUCAGAAGAGGACGGCGUGACAACUACACAAAUGAUUACCGAGUUUGACGAAGGCCCUAUUCGCUUUGAGAGCGUACACAACAUGAGCGUUCCCCUUUUCGCGCCCCAAGAUGUCAUGCUGAGAGCAUCCAUCUACGCCAAAGUCCAACCAAUGCAUCUCGAUAAACUCCUUAGCUGGGAUGAUAUGAGAGAUGCAGCCCCAUCGCGUGACGGUGCCAAGGCAAGCCGCAUCAACGAGGCACAGUUCUACACGCAAGAAAAGCACGACAUGCUUUCCAGGAUUCAGAUCCUCGAACUCAACGAGAUGGGAGAGUAUGCUCCUGUCGAGGUCACUCAAGUUAGCGAACUGGACACGGGCACAUUCCAGCUUCACCAAGGGUUGCAAAGAAGAAUUGCCAUCAACAUCGCCCACAGCUCCGGCGAUGCCCUUCCAUGGGGUGAUGUGACAGCUGUCCGCGUUGGCAAGGUACGCCUAGUCGACUCUGGCGGCAAGACACCAGAUAUGGGUGCGAGCGAACCUGACAUUCAAUUACGCCUCACGUCACAUCCCAUCUUCCGCCAAAACCCCAACGGCACGCGCAGCAUCACCGUUUUUGCACAAUGGGACUCGAGCCUGCACAACUCCCUACUACUCGAUCGUGUGACGGCCGACAAGUACAAGGUGCAGAUGAGCAUUAGCUGGGAAAUCAGCUCCGAGAAGCUGGCGGAGCCUAUGAAGUUUUCGCAAAAGGUCUGCAUACAGGUUCUCUCGCGAACAUUUGUGCGCCAAACAUCCAUGUUCUCCGCACUCUGGCAAAAUAUGCGCUUCAUCCGCUCCUCGACUGGUAUCUUUACAAUCACCAUGAGACCAGCGCCGAUUAAGCGAGUCGGUGACUUGUGGAGGAUGAACAGCCGACACGACUACGUCAAGGGUGAAGAGAACCUUGACAGCUGGAACCCACGGGGAGUGUCGCUUGUGAGCGACUUUAUUCUCGCGCGAAAGAAGAGACGACGGAUAGCCGAGAUUGGUGCCGUGCACAUGAUGCUUCAUGUUCUUGGCAUCGAUCCAAGUGGGCAACUGGUCAAGGAAGCAUCUGAACCAGAGCCAGAGCCAGAGAUUCAGAAGCCUGUGCUGCCCGACGACGAUGAUUUGCUGCAUGACACGCCCGAAACUUCGCAGGUGCCGUGUCUUGAGGAGGAAGCAGAAGCGAGAGCUGCUGAUGGCGGAAAUGAGGACGAGGCAAAGGGCGAGGGUGAAGCUGAUGGCGAAGAGACAGUCAAGAUCGAAGUUUCGGCACCGUCAGAGAAACCAAUAUACAACGAGCAACAAGUCGAGCUUCUACAAAAGUGUCUGUCACUAUGGCUCAAGUACCCCGACCCGCUCACCAAGAUCCUCAGCCCGGCCAACACGGCACCUCCGACCAACGGUGUCACGUCGGAGCCUCCUGAGCUGCCGAGCCUCAUCACGACAGUCGUGCGCGUGUCCAAGAAUCCCAAGGUGCUCAAGGGCGGCUACCUCCUCGUGCCCAACAGCGACUCUACGCGGUGGGUAAAGCGCUUCGUCGAGCUGCGCCGGCCGUACCUUCACAUCCACUCGGCCUCGGACGGCGACGAGGUGGCCCUCGUCAGCCUGCGCAACUCGCGCGUCGACAGCCAGCCGGGGGUGUUGGCCCUCCUCAACGGACCCGACGACUAUGACAAUGCACCCGGCCAGAACGGCGGCGCCGACUUUACGCCCGGCCAUCGCCGCACAGCCUCGGGACGCGUCAUUUCGACGAUUUGGACCGGCAAUAACAAUGGCGGCGGCGGCGGCAGCAGCAGCAGCAGCGGGACCCGCGCUAAUAAUGGUGGCGGGCCGGGCCUGCAGCGCCUCAGCGAGCGCAUGCAGGCGGGCGUGUUUGCGAUUUACGGCACGGAUAACACGUGGCUGUUUGCGGCGCGCAGCGAGCGGGACAAGAUGGAUUGGAUCUUUCGCAUCGAUCAGACGUACAUGUCGGCGGCGGGCGAGAGUCAGCCCGGGAGCGGCUUUGCGAGCCCUCACCCCGGAAGCGAUUACUGA